ACAGGGAAUAUAUACACACAGAUCUAACAAUGUGAUGGGAAACAGCUGAGUGAACUGAUGAACUGAUGAGUGACUGACAGUAUGCUGGGAAAUGAAGUCAAAAUGUGAAAGACACCAUGAGAACGAGGACCUCUAUUGACAACCCAGGCAAACACAACCAGACACUGUGACAAUAAGCCCUGUUCUGUUGUUGACAGCAUUUUUUCUAUCCUUUUCUCCCGACCCCUGUAGUUCCCCCUUGCAGCCGACUGGGGAUCCCUGGACAGUAUUAAACCCCCUGCUCUAAUUAAACGAGAUACGCAUGGACCUCAACAUUCAACACGCCUACAAGACAUUUAAUUAAAAGAUGAGGACAGAACCUGGAGAUAAACCAAGUAUGCACACACCUGAAGCCUUGGUGAGAAGUCAUGUUGUGUAUAAUGCAAAGUUCUUGGGAAUCACAGAUGUGGAGCAGCCCAAAGGGACAGACAUGGUCCGUGUGGCUGUCAGGAAGCUGAAGUUUCAAAGACACAUCAAGAAGUCAGAGGGGCAGAAAACUCCUAAAGUGGAGCUUCAGAUCUCUAUAUAUGGUGUGAAGAUAUUGGACCCUAAAACUAAGGAGAUGCAGCAUAACUGCCAACUUCACAGAAUGUCCUUCUGUGCAGAUGACAAAACAGAUAAAAGAAUCUUCACCUUUAUCUGUACAGAACCCGAGACGAAGAAACACCUGUGUUACGUGUUUGACAGUGAAAAAUGUGCGGAGGAGAUCACUCUUGCUAUCGGACAAGCCUUUGAUCUCGCCUACAAAAAGUUCCUAGAGUCUGGUGGAAAAGAUGUAGAGACGAGGAAACAGAUUGGAAACCUUCAGAAACGAAUUCAGGAUUUGGAGAUGGAGAACUCAAAACUGAAGAAGAAGCUGAAAGAGCUGGAGGAUCAGCUGAUGGAUCCUCGCUGCUCACCAAGGCCGUCUGCCUUGUCCUGGUGUGGUGAUGUCACAUCACUGUCCAGCCUAGAGAUCUCCUCUGUCACUCUAACGCCUGUCAGCUCACCCGAUUCCAGCCAAUCAGCAAGCUUGCUCACCCCUCCUCCUGCUAAGCCCACCCAAUUACAGUCCUCAAGUGGUUACAUCGUGCCACGACCUCGUGCUGGAAGCAUACAAGCUAGAGCGCCCUCCACUGACAUAUUUGAUAUGGUUCCAUUCACCCCUGAGUCUCCAAUAUCGAGACGGUUGAAUUGUAACGGCAUCUCAUCUCCGUACCUGCUUCCAAAAGACAGAGAUAUAGACCUGUUUGGAGCAGAACCAUUUGAUCCGUUUAUUUGUGGACCUACUGUCUUCACUCCAGACAUCCAGUCCAAACUAGAUGAGAUGCAGGAGGGGUUCCAAAUGGGACUGACUUUAGAGGGGACGGUGUUUUCCCAGGAUCAGGUGGACAGCCGAUGCUGAUUUUGGAAAUACGUUUUUAUACGCGCUGUGAUUCUUGACCACAAAACCCCCAAAAAAUCACAUAUUUAAUAUUUGUAUUUUGAAUUGAGUUCGAGAGUAAUGUAGAAGGAGCCUCAAAAAGGUCCGUAGAGGUCAUUUCUAUUUUUAUAUAAUAAAAUCAACAUUUAAGAUUGAUGAUUUGUGUAUUUUAACUUCUUAAUCUUGAAACAGGAAUUGUUAAAAGAGAGAUGGACACCAAAUGUGCUCUAGCUCUUUCUAGAAUUUUUCUAGAGUUUGGACCAAAUUUAGAUGGCGUUUUGAAAUACAAAGAUUCAUUAAUUAUAAUAUAUUUGUGGUUGCAGUUGUUGCUGAGGAGGUUGCUCAUGUUGUAAUGGUGCAAGGUUAUAUUAUAAUAUCUAAACUAUUAAACUAAACAUCAUCAGGGUUAUAGAUUUAUCAAAAACUGGUGGGUCUCUCAUAUGUUCAAUCAUUGUUAAGGUUCUCCAUUUAUAUUUCCAGAUGUUCCAAUCCGUUUCUCUUUCAUUGAUGGCUGUUUUAAUAUUUGAUUGCAUAUCACUUGCUCUUUAAUGGUGAAUAAAUGAAAACUGAUAGCACACCA